AAAAGAAUAGAUUAAAAAAGGAAUUGUCACUGUCACGUCGAUCGUCGAUUACUUGGUUCAAAAUUUAUUUCGAUUUGUUUUAGUUUUUGUAUUCUACAGACAGCCAAUUUCCAAAAAGCUAGUUUCUGUGUACUAUUGUGUUCCAUACGCCAUACUUUCAUCUGUAAUUAAACAAAAAUGGCAGACGAGGAAAUUAAUGGUGAUACAGAUGACAUUCAGCACGAUAAGGACAAGACUCAAAAAAAGACUGCAAAGCAUGAUAGUGGAGUAGCUGAUCUCGAGAAGGUUACAGAUUACGCAGAAGAGAAGGAAAUAUCCUCUCAAGACAUAUCUGGCGCUCUAUCACUUAUUGGCGACAGAAGAAAUAAGGAAGCAGCGGAACGUCUAGAGAAGGAAAAGGAAUUGCAGAAAGUUUCAGUGAAGAAGGAUGAUAUAGAGUUAAUUGUGAAAGAAAUGGAAAUCUCUAGAACAUUAGCAGAGAGAACGCUGCGGGAACACAGGGGAGAUGUUGUGGCGGCACUAAUUACUCUAACAAACUGAGAACAAGAUACCAAUUUGAAUACAUUUUAGUAACACCAA